UCCAUGAACACAGCGGAUGAGCUCGUUACGAUCACGCCGAUUGGCUCCUUUGUCAUCAAGACAAGGCUCCAAGUCGGCACGACUACUCCGAAAUACAGAGCGGCCAACACCAAAGUGUUCAUCAACGUGUGUACUUCACCGCUGAUCCCACUGCCUGAGAAGAGCUAUAACCCUCCAGAGACGUAUCAGUUGAUCAUGUCGAACGAGUGGGAAAUACCGAUUGUUGCCUCUGAAGAGAGGGACUCGACGGAUAAGAAGGGCCAACUGUCCUACGUGUAUGACUGUGUUAUCAACGACGAGGCGAUGUCGUGGAUCCAUAGGGAUCCACAACUUCGAGAAAUAGUGAUGGAGUGGUGUAUGGAGAGCGUUGAGGUCCGAAGCGAGCUGACUCUGGACCGGGAACAGAUAAGCGUGCCGAAGAUGGUGAGCAAAGGAGCUCCUCAGGAGAUUAAGCUGUUGAAAUCGGAGCUUCAUGGUACAGCUGGCUCGACGCUAGAUGGCCCUGAUGAUGUGAUACAGCUGAAAAGGCUGGUUGAUGAUGAUGAAGAUCUCGACAUCAACUUGGAUAUCAACGAGCCUCUACCAAAGCCUAAUCGCAAACCACUGAUUCAGGAGAUCAAGGAACUCGAGAUCAACGAUACAAAGCCAGAGCAGGCACCUAAAGUACGCCCUGAAGAGGCCAAAAAGGAAAGGCUCAAAUAUGAAACCUCAAUGUCCAAGAUUAACCUUGCAAAUGGAUAUAAACUCCGUAUCGAGAUCAAGUCUCAGAACUCCUCAUCCUUGGACUAUACGUUGAGUCUUGAUAGAUCGAGGAAUGCUAUAGUGCUUCAAAAUGAGAACAGGAACUAUGAAUCAAAGGACCUGGAACUUGCCUUACCAGACAUCUUCCAGACUCCAGAGAUUAAAUCUUUCUUUGUUGCUACAGAGAGGAAAUUGGUUCUGUUUAUAAAGUAA